UCAAAACCGAGUUUUGCAGGUAUUCCCUUUUGCAUACAUACUUAUGUCGAAGAAAACCCAGAAAUCCUACGAACACGUUCUGCGGUUCAUAGACGCAAAUGUGUUUCGCCUUAAACCAGCCUCUUUUACCACAGACUUUGAGAAGGCCCUACGAAGUGGAAUAUUAAAGGUAUAUCCUGAGGUGCAGCUAAAGGGAUGCUGGUUCCAUUACUGCCAAGCAUUAAGAAGAAAAUUAACCAACAUCUCAGAAUUGGCUAAAUUUGUAAAAACCACUGAUGCGGCAAGGCGAAUUUUUAAAAAGAUGCUUGUUUUACCACUGCUUCCUCCAGACGAUAUACCAACCGCAUUCAAUUUGUGCAAACAAGAAGCGUACGCAUCCAUGAACUGUUAUUACAAAUCAGAGAAUGUAUUUGAGAAAUUCUUCGACUAUUUUCAAAGACAAUGGAUAGAUUUAGAAAGUCCACUCAAAUUUUCUGUCCAUGGUGAAUGCGUACGAACUACGAGCGCUGUGGAAUCAUAUAACAGCUUUUUGUGUGCACAAAUUCCAAUGCAUGGCUCAUUCUGGGACUUUUUACAAAUAAUUAGACAGCAAGAGUUUCAGAAAUAUGUUGAUCUGAAACAGAUUUUAGAUGGCGUUUCGGAAAUUUCACAACCACCAAAAAAACGAAAUAGAGACCGCAAUGAGCAAGUGAAAAUUCUCACAGAGCAACUGGCAAAUAAACAGAUUACUCCCAAAAUGUUCCUCCAGAUGAUGACCAAUAAAAUAAAUAAUCUCGCCCCAGUAGUUUUGGACCGAACACCUAUUGAUGAAAGCGAAACUGAGGAUGAAAGUCAACCUAUCAUUCAGGAUGGGUUGUUAUGUGAAAUAUGUUUUAAAAACAAAAAAUGUAUGCUUCUGCUUCCAUGCAGGCAUGCAAAACUUUGUAAACCUUGUUUUGAAGGAAUACAAGAUAAACAUAAUAAUCAAGGUACUUUAAUAUUAUGUCCAUUCUGUAGACAAAUUGUGGGUCAAACACAAGAAAUUUAUAUUUGAUUUGAAUAAACUUCUAAUUUCUACAAUUGAACUGCAAAAAUGUUACUUUAAAUAAAAACGGACAUAACGCCCAGUGGGC